GCGCUUGCGUGACGUCAACGAGUUUAAAUUUCGCGCCGCGCCCUGGCUUCACAAUAGAAGACCCCGUAGUGCUUUGGCAAUUUCAAAAUGGCGUUGUAUUCACCCAGUAGGUGAGGUGAGCGAUUGGUAAGUUUUUUCCUCGUCACCGGACUCUGUGGACGCAUUCAUCAGCAAUUGUUUGGCUUCGUGAACUUUAUCCGGAUCGCGUGCGCCGACGUGUGUCUCGGAAAAGCCGUCAGCCGCGCUGUGCAAUAUUUCGAUGCAUUUUUCGCCGUGGUUUUGUUACUCUUUCGAAGCCUAAAUCCAGGCUAGCACAGUGGCAUCUUUCCGAGAUACGUGUUAAGCCUAAAAGCUGUGCCUACUUAACCCUAAAACAAUUUAAAUUUUCGCCUGGCGGCCUGCAUCCCCGUCGGCGGAGCGGCCGGACGGACCGGCGGGCAUUGUGCUUCCGCGACGUGUCGUGCAAAAGUGGCGAGACCCAGAGGCCUGCGUCGGGCUGUGUGCUGAGCCGUGGUCGGUCCCGCAGGAGCCCAGCGACCGGGAUGUGAUCGGCGGCGCGACAGUCAAGCGAAGAGCGGAGAAGCAGCGCCCGACGUCGUUCGACCGACGACGAGUAUGGCGGAUACGAGAAGACGCGUCAAAUUGUACGCCUUGAACGCCGAUCGCCAGUGGGAUGACCGCGGCACGGGCCAUGUGUCGUCUUCGUACGUUGAGCGGCUCAAGGCUAUGUCCCUUCUCGUUCGGGCCGAGUCGGACGGCUCGUUACUCUUGGAAUCAAAAAUACAGCAGGACACCGCCUACCAGAAGCAACAGGAGACGCUGAUCGUGUGGUCAGAAGGUGACAACUAUGACCUAGCAUUGAGCUUUCAGGAGAAGGCGGGAUGUGACGAGAUAUGGGAAAAAAUCUGCCAGGUGCAGGGCAAGGACCCCUCGGUGGACAUCACACAAGACGUGGUCGAGUCUGAGGACGAGCACCUGGAAGAGGCCAGUGAUGGCCUGCCGCCCGUGGAGCUUCCCCCUUGCGAGACCCAGCGGCUUGGAGAGCUGGCCGCCCUGGUCCAGAGUUGCCUGCCUUCGCCCGUGCGACGAGACAAACUGGCCACCGCCCUCGAGGAGCAGGACUACAUACGGCGCCUGCUGCCCGUCUUCCACACCUGCGAGGACUUGGACUACCGGGAGGGUUUGUACCAACUAUACGACAUCUUCAAGGGCAUCUUCUUAUUAAACAAGAAUGCACUGUUUGAUGCCAUGUUUGCUGAGGACGCCAUCUUGGACGUUGUCGGCAUUCUGGAGUAUGAACCAGGCUGUCCAGCAGGCCAGAGGCGGCGGCAUAGGGACUACCUUCGGCAGGUGUCGAAAUUUCGGGAAGUGAUCCCCCUGGGGAAUCCCGAGCUGCUUGCCAAGAUCCACCAGACGUACCGGGUGCAGUACAUCCAGGAUGUGGUGCUGCCCACACCCUCAGUCUUUGAGGAGAACAUGCUCUCCACUCUCUCAUCAUUCAUCUUCUUCAACAAGGCCGACAUUGUCUCUAUGCUUCAGGAGGACGAAAAGUUCCUGAGUGAACUUUUUGCCCAGCUGACAGAUGAGGCAACAGACGAUGACAAGCGACGGGACCUUGUGCUUUUCCUCAAGGAGUUUUGUACAUUUUCACAAACGCUACAGCCACAGUGUAGAGAAUCAUUUUUUAAGACACUAUCAAGUUUAGGUAUUCUACAAGCAUUGGAAAUUACUUUGGGCAUGGAGGACACAGUGAUCAAGACGGCCUCCAUCGACAUCCUCUCCUACUUAGUGGACUACAGUCCGUCCAUGGUGCGCGAAUACGCAUUCCAGCAGUCCAACGUGCAGGACGACGAUCAACUGCUGAUCAACAUCAUCAUUGAACAGAUGAUCUGUGAUCCUGACCCAGACCUUGGUGGGGCGGUACAGCUUUCAGGCAUCUUGCGGUUAUUGCUUGACCCUGAGAACAUGCUUUCCCUUGACACUUCUGAAUUUCUCAACUUCUUCUACAAGCACUGUAUGCAUGUGCUUAUAGCUCCAGUACUUGCCAAUACCACCGGCGAUGCGCCCAGCAAAGAGACGAGCCAGACAGCGCAACUGCUGAGCCUGAUUGUGGAGCUGCUGUCGUUCUGCGUGGAGCACCACUCGUACCACAUAAAGAACUACGUGCUGCACAAGGACCUGCUUCGAAGGGUGCUCGUCCUCAUGCGCUCCAAGUUCACCUUCCUCGUGCUGUGUGCACUGCGCUUCAUGCGGCGCAUUGUGGGCCUCAAGGAUGAGUUCUACAACCGCUACAUCAUCAACGGGAACCUGUUCGGGCCUGUGGUGGAUGCCUUUCGGGAAAACAAUGGCCGCUACAACCUCCUUGACUCGGCUGUGCUGGAGCUGUUUGAGUUCAUCCGAGUGGACGACGUGAAGUCCCUGUGCCUACACGUGGUCGAGCGUUACGGCAAGGUUCUCGACAAGGUGGACUACGUGCAGACAUUCAAAUCUCUCCGGCUCCGCUACGAGCAGCACCAAGAGCGACUUCGCGAGCGGCCUUCCCUGGAAGGCAGCAUCCUUCGCGGGGCAGGUGGCGGGGGUGGGGGCAUGCCCGGAGCAGCCCUGGGUCCCGCUGUGGUAGGAGGAGGCACCCUUGGGGCGGCAGCACGGUUCCGGCGUGACCCGCGGCAGCUCGAGGAAGACGAGGAGAUGUGGUUCAAUGAGGAAGAGGAGGAGGAAGAGGAGCUGGAAGGGCCACCGGGAGCCGUGGCACCAGCUGACAGUUUUAGCCGGCGCCUGGACGCCGAGUUCGAUCAGCUGGGAAAGAUCCUGGACAAGAAAGCGCAAGAGAGAGAGGGCAAGGAAAAUGUGCGCACCUUAAACCGAUCAGGGUCGCCAGUUUUGAACAACAGUGCUGGACGGCGGAGCCCGUCUAAUCCAGCAGGACCUCUGAGCCCCACGACAGUGGUGGAGGUCAAAUCCCCCACGGGACCCCUUCAACAGCGAAAGGGUGGCCUUGUUGACUACCCCGAUGAAGACUCUGACGAGGAAGAGGAGGAGGAGGAGGACGGCAGUAUGACAACAAGCGGUCUUCCCUCUGCGAAACGGCCGCGACUGUCAUCUUAGCGCCCACCAAGAGUGCUCCCCCGCCCCUCCCCAGCACUGCUGUGCAUGUGCGUGUGCACCACCGUCGUCUUCUCGUCCAUCCAUCCCUCACCAUGAAGCGCCCCCCCAUCCUGCUGUGUGCCGGCAGCAAGAUUCCCUUGACGCAGUGGACAGCAUUGCCAUCGUCUUCGUCACCUGGGCAGUGAUCACAAGCUCUUCACCACAACUAAGGCCAUGGGCCUCUCUCUCAUCACUGCUUGCUGCCAUGGGUGGAUACGAGAAACCAGGCAGCAAUGGCAGCUGCGAGACGCUGCCAUGACGACGGCUGAUGUGCCAGUCAUGACAACUAAAAACUUCAACAUGGCGACUGCCCUCCCCCCAUCCCGUUUCGUUUUUCAUUGUUUAGUAUCAGCUGCUGUGACGUCACCUUUUUCUAUAGACUUCGCACAACAGGGAUGUGCUUCUAGGGGGAGAAAAGUAUGUGAAGGACAGAUAGUAGCGCCACUACCUUAUUUUGCCAUGUUGUGCUAUGCCUCUGCGUUUGAAGAUCUCUUCUUCUGUCUUCUCCAGUUUCCAUCCUUUUUUCGUUAUUUCUCCCCUCAUCACCAGAGAGACGUUCGCAUCACCACCGUUGCCCUUUCUCAAGACCAUCUCCCGGCACCUGCCAUCUUGCAUCCUACCUUCUCUGUACAUAGUUAUACAUAAACAAUAGAUAUAUAUAUAUAUGUGUGUACACAUACGCACCGUACAUGCAUAUAUAUGUGUGUGUAUACAUACACAAAUUUAUAUAUAUAUUAUAAAUAUAUAUAAAGGGUAUGUAUCAAGCAUCAACUGAACGUUAAACUUUGGAAACUGUAAAAAAAAUGCAACGACCGCAGUAUGCGCUGGCAGCCUGGAACAAAGUGGUAAAAACGAAUGUUUGUAGCUGUAAACAUUUUCGAGUUCUCAAAAGGCUGUGGCGUGAAGCCGGAGCUCUGGGAGUCAUUGGCGACCAUCAUUUCACGCUAUGCUAUUCUCACAAGUCUCUUGGUUGUAACUCUCGCUUCCGUCCGGGAUUUCUCCUGGAUAACACAUCAUCUAGUGUCAUCAUCUGCUUCGAUUUCGCAAUAUUUGCAACCCCGCGCAGUAGCGGUACAUUUACUUUUGUGGCCCUCUCACGAGCCGCGUUUAAUUAGUUCACACCUUGCAUCUCGUUCCUUCCCAUACUUCACCAUAGUUCAUUUUGCGUAGACUCCUUCCUUGUUUCCUGUACAUCUAUCUAUUCAUGGGCCUCCACCGUGCCUAGUUCUGUCAAGAAUGCAUUUUUCUUUCUAAAAAAAGAAGAAAAAAUAAUCAUAAUUCAAGCAAGUCUGUCUUUGUUUCGUUCACUUCCAUCCCAACGUGGGAUGGGGAAGAAAUGGAUUACGUGGCUUUGGUUGCUUUCGGGAAAGAAGGAAGUGUUGUCAUCUUUGCCUAAAGGACCAGUUCUGAUUUUUUUUCAGUUUUUUUUUUCUGUUUUUGGCAAAGAACAUGUUGCGUGAACAAGUGUCUGCAAGAAGAGUGAGCAAGUUGUGCAGGUGCGCUUGACAACACAGUCGAACUUUACCUUUGCCCUCGUCGGGGGAUGUGUGCAAACAGCUAGGGCAGAGAGAGAGAGACAGACAUUGCAUCAUUGUGAAGAAAACAGAGAUAAAAGUGAAACUACAAAGCAUCUACCAAGGCAAGGAAUGCCUCACCUCACUGUGGUGCAUGUGCGAAAGGCCGUUGUUUUCACAAUGUCAGUGCAAGACAAGUCUUUUUUUUAUUAUUAUUAUUAUUAUUUGUGACAGAUUUGACUGCCAAGUGACUGCCACAGCUGGCAACUCGUCGACCAACUUGACAUUGGUGCGUCUUUUUUUUUUUUUUUUUCCCUAGUGCCCCUCCUUUCUUUGUUAAUUUUUUUUCUUCUUCUUUCAAGCCCAUAAAUGACGCCACUUCCUGCCAUGCAGAGGCGGACAGAGAAGUUGUGUCUCUGUAGAGUAUAUUCCUCCCCUGGUGUUGAUUUUCUUUAUUAUAAUAAAAACCAGUUGUUUCAGCUGUGACUGCAUCAAAAGCAGCAGUGUGUGA